AUGGAGGUUGAUAGCGAUAACGGUCCCCUUAGCCAGUAUGCCGCUGGCGCAACAGUCGAUAAAGAGGCCUGGCCUGCAGUGCGCAGUGACAUAAUUACCAGACUCGACAAGAUCGCACACAAUGACUUCCCUAUACCCAAAUUACCGCCUCCGCCUGCAGUACCCCAGCCCAUUAUAGCAGCGCGCACGUCGCCGCGGCCCGCAUCACAACCAGCCGAUUCUUCUCAAGAAACGAACAAGGAAGCAUCAACAACAGAUUCGCUUCCCGCUACACAAACCAUCGAAGGUUCAUUGCCAAAGCAGCUGGCAGAUAUGCUAAUCGAAAUCACAAAACACCUUGAGACUUUCAAGACACAUCCUCCCCACACCAUCCAACGACUUGCCGAACUGAUUCUACGGCCCAAAGCGCAUUACAAGGCGGUUGUGCCUUACCUACAUGCCGUUGAUCGCGUAGUGCAGGUGACGUCAAGUACAGAUACAUAUCCUCUUCCACCGCCUAUUCCCGACAUGUCCUCGAUGCAUCUAAACGGAGAAGAGGCCAGCGAUCCUGCAACAUCGGUCUCAUGGAGCAAUCCUACGGCGGGAGCACUGGGUACAGAUGAAGCACUUGGAGGCGCAUUAUUAACGCCUAUCCCGUGGUUGACGAGACGGAGCCCCGAGAGUUCGCAAGACACACCUGGAGCACAGAUUCACAGCGAAGGUACCGAGACAAUCGAAGGGCCCAAUGGUGGAGGCAUCAUCGAGACUGUGUCCGUUAGUGUCAAUGGCAUUCAUUCUACGGGCCAUGCUCGAGGAGUGACCCAGGGCGAACUCUUGCGCCAAGAACAACGCGCCGGAGUGGUUCCUGUGAGUCAGCUAUCAAGAGCUCAGGAAGCUGCUCAUGAAGGAGAGCGCAUGACGAUGGAAGAGGAUGAUGACGAGGAAGCGCAAGAGGAAGAAGAGGAAACACCACACGCCAGAGGCCCCGAAGAAAUCGGGAUGAGCGAUACAGGACCUCAAUCCACAACGACAAGCUUCAUGUCUGAAGGUGGCAUGGGGAUGCAAGGAAUCGAUGUGGAAGCAGCAGUGGGCAGGAAACACGACGAUGACGAAGAGACCAAGGAUGAUGUUGACGCUGACGGCGAAGCUAAUGGCGAGAGCGAGGCCAAGAGUCCCAGCGCAGAGAGUAUUGGUACGAAACGGGAGGCAGAUGAAGAUCUCGAAGGCGACUCUCCCAAGAAGAUCAAAGAAGACUCUGACGAAGAAGGAGAGAAGACCAAGGAUGAUGCUGAUAAUGGCAAGACCGAGGCAAAAAAGGAAGACGAAGCUGAAGGGUCAGCAAAAGACACAAAGGCAGAAGACGACCCUGACAAGAUGGACACGGAAUAG